UGUAGGAAAGUUAUAGCGUUCACAAAACUAUGGUAUAGAUCUGAGUAUUGAUCAAUCCUGAAAAUGUCAGAACAGUACAGAUAUCCCCCAAAUGUCAGAACAGUACAGAUAUCCCCCAAAUGUCAGGACAGUAUAGAUAUCCCCCAAAUGUCAGGACAGUACAGAUAUCCCCCAAAUGUCAGAACAGUACAGAUAUCCCCCAAAUGUCAGGACAGGACAGAUAUCCCCCAAAUGUCAGAACAGUACAGAUAUCUCCCAAAUGUCCGAACAGUACAGAUAUCCCCCAAAUGUCAGAACAGUACAGAUAUCCCCCAAAUGUCAGGACAGUACAGAUAUCCCCCAAAUGUCAGGACA